AUGAACGUCUACGAACAGAAUUGCAUCGGCCCAGAAAACUUUGACAUGCUCGACGCCGCGAAACCAAACACCGCCCUCUCGAGCACUUUCCCGACGGUUUACGUGCAGAAAUAGCAGGAUUCCACGAAGCUUCUGACCCGAUAUCUCCGCCUCCACAAACAAAACCUCGAGAGACUUUGAAGAGCUCGGCGGCGCAGAGACGUUCUGCACUUUGCGCGGUCGGCCGACUGCUCCAUUUGCCACAUAUUUUUGCUUCUUACUUUCUCCAACGUACUUUUUUCUUGCUCAUCUAACCGGAAACUGCAUCAUCUUCAUUGAUUUUUCUACCCAAUUGAUGACGAAUAAAAAAAUUAAACAGUUUUUUUCUUUAUCUCAUUCCGGCUGCUCGAAUCUUUGUCUAGGUGGAAAUGUUUCCAUUUUUUUGGCUCUGAUUUUUUUUAAAAGCGACUCGAAAAAAUCGGUUUUUUUUUUUCAAUUUUUUCCUCCGAAGAAAUAUGUCACCAACAUUUAAAAGAAGAAAAAAAAAAUCACAUUUCAUACGUUUUUUUGGAUUGAUUUUCAAAUAGAAAGCAAAGCUGUAUAUAACACUGUAAAACUGAAUAAGUACUUUCUUAGCGUGGGUAAACGUAACUGAAAAUGACUUUCUGAUGAUGUACAAGUAUAAAAAAAAACAUAGAUGCCGACUUUGAAAUAAGCAAAAAUUAAAUGUCCCUAGAGUGAUAGUCUCUCUUAUUGGGACUUCACACUCAUUUCGGGAGCUCGAUGAGCAGCUUUCCUGAUACAUAAAGCCUCCAGCAGGGAUAUUACAGUUCUCGAUAGUUUGUUAUCUGGAAGCUUCCACGACGUCUUCCAACGAACAACAAAAGGCCGCACGUGGUGCGCAGCUGUUUCGCUGCACAUUUCGCGUUCCCCGACUGACCUGUUACACUGAGGAAGUCCACCACUCGCUCGGCUUUUGA